AUGACCGUAGAUUGCGAUGAGCUCAACUGGCGAGGUUACUUAACUUCCCAGAGCAUUGUCUCCAAAGAUGACGAGUCGCUCCUGGACGUGUUUGAAUCCUCCCUAUCUGGGGCCCCCCUGCCGGCACCCUGGAGUAUGUGGUGCGACAGGAAGAGCAACGCCCUGUUCUUUACCAAUACCUCCACUGGGGAGACCUCCUGGACCCAUCCCUUGAAUGCCUUGCUUGUAGAGUUGGCAUCCGUCGCACAAAGAUUUUGGGCAUUGCCGCUGGGUUGCAGGGCUGAGCACUUAGCCGCCUUGAACAGGACGUGGGAGGCCGAGGCGCGUGCAGAGAUCAUGAAGUGGAGAUCUGCUCUUGAUGAAGGCUCAAACGAGUAUUUCUACAACGUGGAGACACGUGCAACGAUGUGGGAAAGGCCAGUCGACGCAUUGCUUCCGGCAUUCUACCUCAAGAAGCAGUACUUGAAGAAUUUGAGUGAGUACUGUAGAGGUGGGGCGUCUCACUCAGGCUACAAAGAGAUCAAUCCUGGUGUAGACCAAGCUUCAGUGAAUGGCUACAAACGAUCCAGCCCAUCCCUCGCUGAAGAAAGCGGUGUUUCUGUCAGCUGGGAAACGUAUCUGACCACGAAGGAGGUUCUGAAGCUUCCUGAAGAAGAAGAUCUGCUCCGAGUGUUUCAAGGAGUCCUGAAGGGAGCUCCUUUGCCAGCACCGUGGAGUAUGUGGUGCGAUAAAGCGACGCAAAGUCUUUUCUUCACGAACCCGUCCACGCUGGAGACGUCGUGGACCCAUCCUUUGCAGGACGUGUUUCUGACUUUGGCAGAGGUUGGACGGAGAUUCUUUACGAUUCCAGUGGCCACCAGAGCUGAGCAUCUGGCAGCUUUGAACAAAACUUGGGACACCGAAGCCAGAACAGAGAUCUUAAAGUGGCAAACAGCAUACGAUGACCAGGACAGAGAGUAUUUCUUCAAUGCAGAGACUAUGGAGGUCAUGUGGGAGAAGCCUGCAGAAGCAGUACUUCCGGCUUUUUUCUUGAAGAAGCAAUUCCUCAAGAGACUAAGCUUGAGCAAGCCUAUGCUCAGGGAGCGCAGAGAUAGCACUAGCCAGGAGCCAGAUCGCAACAGUCAAUCAACCAUGGCUUCCACUACGAACUCUUCAGCGUCUUCACUCUCACGCAUGCACGACACGAGGAUGCGACGGACCCGAAGAAGUUCACGCAAGCUGUCAAAUCACGCCUUGUUUGAUGACAAUUGGGAAUACUACUUGACCACGCAGGGCAUUGUCUAUGUUCCUGGUGAGGAGAUGUUGCUCCAAACCUUCCAGAGCGUGUUGAAGAUAGCACCGCUUCCUGCACCGUGGAGGAUUUGGAACGACAGGGCCAAUGGCCGCUUCUUUUUUGUGCAAAAGUCCACGGGCAUGACUUCUUGGCAGCAUCCGCUGAACUAUGUCCUAAUGGAGCUUGCUAGCAUUGCACGGCACUACCUCAGCUUGGACGAGGAGAGUCGAGCCGAUCACCUUGCCAUGCUAGGAAGUAAAUGGGACAGCCAGGCGGAAGUCGAGAUUGCAAAGUGGAAGUCUGCGUUGGAUGAGGAAGACAUGGAGUAUUUUUUCAAUGCAGAAACUAGCGAAACAAUGUGGGAACGCCCUGAGGAUGUCGUUCUGCCAGAGCUGUUCCUCAAGCGACAGUUCUUGUCUAAGUUGUCAGUGGCUAUCGAGCCCAGGCCUUUCCAAAAGCCCGAGCCACUACAUCCACCGCAGCAUUCACAGCUACCUCAGCCACCAACGCCACCAGAGCCUCAGCGGGGGGAUCCCGUGCCGGUCCAGGUUGUGCCUAAGGUGCCGCCGGUGCCACCUGAGGCUGCAGGCAAGCCUUCAGCUUAUGCAUCCUUGCCGCCAUUGCCGGUGCCCUCUGCAGCUGGAGUUCCAGAGCUAAAGGUGCAGGUGAAGCCACCGCCUCCUGUUCGAGUGCACCACUCACCGACCCGGGUCAAAAUCAAGUCCGUUUCGCCGAAGCCAUCACGAGUCGGUGAAGCCAUCAAGGUGACAGUGGUGCGAAAGACUGCCAGGAGCGUGUCACACGGUGCACCCAAGGUCAAGGUGAUCUCACACAAUGCGCAUCCGGCCCCGACCAUCACAGUGAGGACGCUAAAGGAGCAGGCCUCUCCUCAGCGUCAGGGUGCUGAGGGUGUGCCGCCGCAGCGUGCAAAGGCGGUAGCAGCUGCAGCGUCCGCGUCGUCAGCUGUUUCUGGAACUUCGAUCGAAAAGCUGCAGGCUGCAGCGAUGGCAGCUUAUCAAGUGACUUCACCAAAUGCUUCCGCGGAGGAACACGCUUCCACUGUACAACAGGUGCUCCAUGAGGCUGCAGGACAAAUUCAAGGUCUUACAUGCAGCGGUGAGGCUUUGGAUACGUUGGCCGAGAAUGCUUAUUUCUUUGCGGAAAGUGUUCAAAAGGCGCUAGAAGGCAACAGUGAUCAGCUGAAUCACAAAGCAGCUGCAGCCCUGGCAUCCGAGGCCGCACGUGACUCCGGUCUUAGCGCUGCAUGGCAGGUGGAUGCCGCAAUCGCGGCAACUUUGGCUGGCAGAUUUGCAGGAUCUCCAGCAUCACCUUCAUGUCCGAAGUCACAGCAGCUUAGUGAGGUCAUUGAGCAAAUCGCCCAUGUGACUGGCGUCGAAGCUGAGACGCGUCAAUCAUGGCUUCAGAAGGCUGAUCAGAAGUUGGCGCCCAUGCUUGUGCACAAAGGCGUCAUAGUCCAAAAUGGAAGCCAAGAUCUUGCAGCUACCGCUGAUUCCUGGAUGAUGGGAUCAUCUCCGCAUGCGGAUAGCUCUCCACAAUCAGGAACUGAAACGGCAUCCAUGUUCGGACAGGGGAGGCUUUCUCAGACAGGAUCUUCAAAGUUUGUGGAAUUUUGCAAUUUCCGUGACGUUCGGCGAGCCAUGGCCGAAGCAGAGAAUUGCCUGGCGGCCUUCGAAGAGGAAAGGAAGCUGCAGCGCAAAGCGCUGCAGAGGAGGCGUUCACGCAACAAACUGCCAAGCGAUAUUCGUGAUGCGAUGGGCGAAGCGCAGCGCAUACUCUUCGCGUUUGAUGAGGAACGCCGGCUGCAGCUACAGCAGCUUCGGGUGGAAAGAGCCAAACCCCGCACUUUACCUUGA